UCCCAUUCUUCCCACCACUCACCAGUCACCACAACAACACAGAGACGCGUUACAGCUGAUAACCUUGCACCAUCCAUCCGGCACCCACUUUUUUUUUCCCAAAAUAGUGCAAUGGCUGGGUUAAGAGUAAUAGUGCUGGUAUUAGUGGCGGCAACAAGUGUAUGGGCCUUUGAAAACAGGUACACUGAGGAGGCAAAUACUAAAACCAAGCUAGAACUGGAAGAGUCGCCUUUCAGAAUGGGAAAACUUAAUCUCCUGUGGCAGAAAGCUCUCAGACGUUUGACUGAACCCAAACUGAAGAGGCUGCUGUCUGAGCUGAAGGUACAAGACAAAGAGGAACUUACUCUCAAGAAACUCAAGGCUGAUGGCUUGGACAAGGAUGGACUCAAGGAAGCUGAUCUGCGGAUGAAAUUGAAAAAUAUAAUGGAGAAGUUUUCCCUUAACGCUGAUCUUCGUGAGGACAACCGACCAGGGCCAGGUAAUGAGGUGUACAUGAAUGAAGUGAAGGAGCAAGACAUUCUCAAGGCAAUCUUCAAGGACAAGAAACUCAACAAGCUGUGGCUUAAAGCAGAGGCGUCAGGAUUCACAGAGGUGGAGCUGAAGGCACUGAAGGAGGAAUUCCAGCACCACCAGGAUAAAGUGGAUGAAUAUUAUGCACUGGUACGAGAAACUGCCCAGAAACAGCAGGAUGAUCGCAAUGAACUUGGGAAUGACAUCAAUAAAUUUGAUACACUGCAAGACAUGGAGGCAUCUGAUAAGAGCCAGCCACACCCUGCCAAUGCCAUCAAGGAGAAGCACCAUGAGCUGAAGAGCAACAUGGACCGCCUACAAAAGCUGACAGUUAGUGGGCCAGACGGCAAGGAGUUCAUUGAGCCAAAAGUGAGCAAUCUGUGGAAGAUGGCCACCAAGGGAGACUUCACCAAGGAAGAACUGGAAUCUCUGCAUACGGAGCUGAAGCACUAUGAACACCGCCUCCUGAAGGUGAGACACAUGAGCAACCAGAUAGAUCUCCUGCAAGAGAGGGCAGGGGACGAUAUAGAGAAGCUGCAGACAAGUGAGGGCCAGCGCAUCAUGCAGGAGAGAAUUGCUCAGCAGCAACGCAAAAUUGAAAAGCUUCAUGAAGAUUUGGAGAUGAGGAUUGUACAAAGGCACCUGGAGCUCUGAUCUUGAUCUCUGAUUGCUUCUGUUAGACUGGUUACUUUAAUCCACAAGUGACAGCAUGUUAGUGAGGGUUAUUCUCUCAGAAUGAAAGUAUUUAAGAAUAUAUAUCUUCCUCCAUCAGUCAUUCAUCUUUUACUAUGACUGGCUCAAGUGUGCACAAAUCCAUAAUGGUUGUUCUGUCCUUGCAUUAUUAUCAGGUACUUCUGAUAUCCUUCUCUCUUUCCAUAGCACUUUCAGUCAGUCCUUAAUGACUCAAAAUCAUUUGCACAGAUCUGAAAGGAGAAUAUUUGUAAAAAAGUAAUUUGAGCAUCAUUAAAAUUUGCUUGGAAUUGUGUAAUUUAGACUCACUGUAGCUAUAAGUUGUGUAAAGAUUCAUGCUGGACCAGAAGAAUAUGACCACCAUAUUCCUUACACAUCUUAAAAGACAGCCGGAAGGGAUGGAGUGAGAGGACUGAGGACCCCAUAGUAUUAUUAUUCCCUUGAGAUCUGGUGUACAUCUCAUCUUGGCUGCCUGCCCUAAAGGUGAUCUCAGCCUGGUAAAUAAUAGGUAGAUAGAUAGAAUGUGUGAUAGGAUGCCUUGAAUGUUUCUGUAUGACCUCUUUAUAAUGUGUCACCCAUUCAUGUGGAGAAAGCCAGCUUCUAGUAGGGUGUUACAGAUGUACCGAACAAGAUAUAAUAUUUUGUUGUUCAAUUGUACUAUACAAGAUGUAGUAUUUUGUUAUUAAAUUUAUAGACUUUUCUAUUAA